AUGCCACUCACAGUUCUUACUCGAUCAAACCUCCGCGAAUUACUCCAAUCCCUCUCCCGAGACGAAAUUCAAGACCUUCAGCGAAACCUCGCUUCAGCGCUGCGGGAAUACUCGACCGGGGCUCAAGAUAAGGGUUGCUCAGCUACAUAUCAGCCGCAGCGAACGGCUAUCACGCGUCAGAAUGGUUGCACAACCUUGUUCAUGCCCGCCACCAAUGGAAAAACAAUCGGAAUUAAGAUGAUUUCUCUACAAGAUGGCGGGGCAGCGGGGUGCCAGGUCGAAAAGCCUGGCUUCGACGGCAACGAAAGCGACUCUGGCUCUGGAUCUCGGAGACGAGGUUCUGCCCGGAACUCGGUCGCUUCUCUUUCUUCGGACAUGAGCGAGCUCUCAGUGGGUUCUUCCCAAGAAGAUGGAGGCUCCAUCAGCCCCAUGGCCACGCCUGCAAGUGGGGGUAGUAGUACCGAUAGCUCAACACUUCUCUCUGGUUGCGUGAACCAACAACCCGUUAUCACAAAUGCAAAUGUCUCCAAGACUCUUGGCGCUUGGCCCGGGGCGGGGACUCGUGAUUCGUCUCCGCGGGGCAGUGUAACCCUUCUCGAUGGGGAAAGCCUGCCAUUCGCCUUGAUUAAUGCGCAUGAGCUUACGGCGUUCCGGACAGCGCUGGCUUCGCUCAUGAUUUUUAACAAGCGCAAGAAGGUCCGCACUCUGCUCGUAUUCGGAGCUGGAAAUCAGGCUUAUUGGCAUAUUCGCUUGGCGUUGACGCUUCGUGGGGAUGAUAUUCGGAGAGUUUACAUUGUCAAUCGGUCCUUUGACCGCGCUGCAAAGCUGCUUCAAGAUAUCUACUCACCUGAGAACGCUUCUUGGCGCGGAGAUGCGAAAUUCUCCGCAAUGAGCAGUGACUUUGGAGAAUACAACCGCAUUCUGAAAGAGCAUGUUCGAAAAGCGGACGCGAUUUUCUGCUGCACCCCAUCCGUGAAUCCAUUAUUCCCGGCGGAGUUCCUUACCUCUCGUGAAGGACGUCAGAAAGGACGUCUCAUCAUGGCCGUUGGUUCUUACAAGUCCCAUAUGACUGAGAUCCACCCCGACAUUCUCCGCGAUGAAGUAAAUGUAACGCCUCCUCACAGACAUUUCCACAAGCACACUCAACGGAGUGGAGUAGUUGUCGUGGAUAGCCUAGACGCAGCUAUCAAGGAGGCUGGUGAGAUUGUUCAAGCUGGUAUCAAGCCAAAGCAAUUGGUUGAACUGGGUGAACUACUGAUGGUGCGUCAUGCCACGCUCAAUGAUGAAGGUGAAACCGAAGACAAGGGUCUGCGCGAGUGGGCGGAGAAGGGCAAUGUCAUUUACAAGAGCGUUGGGCUGGGUUUAAUGGAUCUUGUCACGGGAGGUGAUUUGGUGAAGUUGGCUCGGGAGCGUAAUCUGGGGACAACAGUUGAGGAAUUUUAG